AUGUCAAGCGGGGAAAUCUCUGCAUUCGUUGCAAACUACCGAUACAAUGGUCAGUUAUUUGCCGUCUUAAUCAGCGACGAGCCCCCAGAGCCAUACGAGUUGGAUGACUCAAUCGAGGGCGCUUGGAUCGAACACCUGAACGACUUGUCAUACCACGACGGAGAGGAUGAUGCGUUGCACAUGAAACAGAUCGACGGGCUAGUAGAGGCAGAGAGGAAGAUAUUGGACGUGGUAUUCCCAACCUUGGAAAAGCUGGCGCCAGUCCCGCUGCCAACUUCACCUCACCCAGAUUCCGCAACGAAGACGAUUGAAGAGUAUCUCUUCCCGACUUGCGUCAGAUUGGAGCUGGUGACAAAAGAUGGGAUGCUGAAGGUCAUUUCAGGACACCAUAGGGAGAUGGAACGGGCAGGGUGCGUCAUCCCUUGGAGCGAGAUGGGGAAGAUCGGGGUUGAGCCCGGCUCAGUUGACCUGUUUCCCGCAGACCAUGUACUAUUAGGGAGCAGGCUCGUGAUGGGCCAACAUAUGCGGCAUGUCUAUGAUGUGACUAUUUCUGGGGUCGAAAAAAACCUGGUGGGCAAGCUUGUCUCUGCUCUCUUCCACAGAGCUUUUCUGAGAGAGGUUGAGAUCUACGGAAAACUUAAGGGCUUGAAGUUGGACCCCGAAAUUCGAAUCCCGGAGUUCAAAGGCUUGAUUACCUCUGGUGACGGUGUCGUUGGCUUGAUCGUGGCCAAGAUCCCUACUCAGUACCCCAGCUUGCUCCCUAUCGUCACGGACCGCCUCCCUGGCGAACGCCCAGAAAUGGUACGAAGACAACGAUGGGCUGCUCAGGUCGAGCAUACCGUGACAAUGCUUCACCAGCAUGGGAUCGUCUGGGGAGAUGCCAAGCCCGAUAACAUCGUGGUUGAUCAAGAUGACAAUACCUGGCUGCUCGACUUCGGGGGUGGGAUUACCGAGGGAUGGGUCGAGCCGUCAAUGUUUCACACGAAAGAGGGAGACUUGCAUGCCGUUGCAAAAAUGAAGGAGGGGCUGCUGGAUCAGGGGACCAACGGCGGGAACAAGACCGGGACGAAAUAA